ACUUAUUUCUCCUUUCACUAGCUUCAACAAUGGAAAACCUUUCCACAACACCACCAAUAUAACUAAAUGAGUCACAGAAAGUAACCUUCAGAGCCAGUGUGCUAAAGCUUUACUUUAACUAUUUUAAUUACUUUGCUUUUUUUGGGGGGGUGGUAAAUGCAGUCAUAGUGCUUAACCUUUACGCUGAGAAGCUUCAGGAAUUCUGCUAAUAACCAAGAGGAGCUAAAAGAAGCUAGUCCUGGCCUCUUUAAGUUUGAUCGUCUCACUGAUUGGUCUGCAGUAUGGCCACGCCCCUUGGCAGCAUUUGUUGUUGAUGGUGUUGUUAGGCAACAUAAAGAGGCAGCAGACAUGGCAGAGGGCAUUCAGAGAGCAGACAUCUCAGCAUCUGAUGUUCACAGUCUCCACAAGAGGGUCAAAGAUGCUUUCCAAGCAUUUGACUAUGAAAUGAACAACACAGUGGAUGUCAGGGAAAUUACAACUAUCAUCUAUUCACUUGGUUGCUUUCCUUCGCAAAAAGACAUACAUGAAUUUAUAGCAGAGCUAGAAGAGGACCAUACAGGAAGUGUCCAUCUGGACAAGUUUCUCCCAGUCAUGACCAAUGUGCUGAUGGAGCACAAGUUUCCUUCCAUCCCUGAGGAUGUGUUGAUUCAAGCCUUUGAGGUUCUGGACAAAGACAGCAAGGGAUACUUGGAUUCUGAAGAGAUGGUGGAGUUGAUGACAAAGGAAGGAGAAAGUUUCACUCAGGAUGAGAUGACAGAAAUGCUGAUGGCACUUGCUGACCAUGAGAGGAGAAUCUAUUACAAAGAUAUCAUUUGCCAGUUGACAUUUGACCAAGAAAUAUAAAUGGUGUGACAGUCUUUAUGUUUUAUAACUAUGUAAAAUAACGGAAUAGCCAGAAGAAGUUUAAUAGUAACAAAAUCAUGUCAAUCAGGUUGAUAUCGGAAUUUGAAAUUAAGUGUUUGGACAAUAUCAGCAGUAGGAUAUUAGCUAGUACCGGUAGUUAAUAUCGGACAUCCCUACUUAAACCAUUCACUGCAUAUUCCAUAUAAAAUUGUAUGAAAUUACACUUUACAGUAUUCUAAUUACUGUUUUUGCUAUUGUAAUCCUGUACUUUACUCAUUACUUGAUAAAAGUCAUUUGUAGAGCGCACAGCAUUUGGGGGAACCCAGGCUUUGCAUUAUGGGGUUUUCAUUACUGGACAAAAAAA